AUGCCUGUGAAAAGAUCUAUUUCCGAAAUUGAAAUUCAAAGUGUUCAAGAUCAUCCUUCCGUUGCUGUAGGUAGUUUCUUCAAAGGUUUCCGUGCCCCCAGUGAGACCUCGUUCGAGUUAUACAAAAACAAGAAAUCUAGCAACGACGAGUUUGUGUUGCAUGGUGAGAACGAAAGGCUAGAGUACGAAGGUUCGACUGAUCCCGGCUCUCAAGCCUCCAAUCAAUAUGUCGUGGGUCUAUAUAAUCCGGAAAAGAAGAGUAUUCAACUUUACAAGGCUCCAGUUUUGGUAUCCAAAGUUAUCUCCAAGUCAAGUAAAAACCUAAGAGGCCCAAAAAUUAAGAGCAAGAGUGAUACACGUCCAUCUGCUUUGAGGAACGCCUUAGGUGAGGCAUUUGGUACCAAAAAGGCUAAAAAGGCUAUUGCUGAUUUGGAAAGAAAUCGUAUUGAUUCUGACAAAUUGACCGAUUCCGCUAUUGACAUUGUCGAUUCCGUGAGAACUGCAUCCAAAGAUCUGCCCACAAGAGCUCAAUUGGAUGAAAUUACCUCUAACGAUAGACCAACUCCAUUGGCCAAUAUCGAUGCUACUGAUGUAGAACAAAUUUACCCAAUUGAAAGUAUAAUACCAAAGAGAGAAUUGCAAUUUAUCCGUGUUUCACCAAUCUUGAAGGAAUCUGAUAAAGAAAAGAAAUUGGAAAUGUUCCCAUAUCAAAACAAUUCCAAGUACGUGGCAAAGAAAUUGGACUCUUUAACACAGCCUUCACAAAUGGCCAAGUUGCAACUUUUAUACUACUUAUCCCUGUUAUUGGGUGUAUACGACAAUAGACGAGUGAACAAUAAGACCAAGCUACUAGAGAGAUUAAAUAGCCCACCUGAAAUUUUAGUGGACGGCAUCUUGAGCAGAUUCACUGUGAUCAGACCUGGUCAAUUUGGUAGAUCCAAAGAUCGCUCUUAUUUCAUUGACCCACAAAAUGAAGACAAAAUUUUAUGCUAUAUCCUAGCAAUCAUUUUGCACUUGGAUAACUUCAUCGUUGAAAUCACUCCAUUAGCACAUGAGCUCAAUUUGAAACCUUCUAAGGUCGUCAGCUUGUUUAGAGUACUCGGUGCCGUUGUCAAAGGUGCUACAGUGGCCCAAGCAGAAGCCUUUAGUAUUCCAAAAAGUACUGCUGCCUCUUAUAAGAUUGCCACUAUGAAGGUACCAUUCAAGUUACCUGAAAUGACCAGAAGAGGAAGAGGUCCAAGACGUUAG